AUGACCGACCUGAAUGUCGAUGGGAUACUUUCAAGUUCACCGCAACCUAUCGUUCAAGAUUUGAAUUCAGAUACGGAAAUGAGUGAUCAGGGGAAGAAGAGGAAGAGGUUAUCACUGCCUGUACCACCAACUUCGGUUAGUCCGUCGGGAUCGAUUAACAAGGGGAAACAACGAGCUGUCACCAUUGGACCCAUUCGAGAUAGUCCAGAACAGGACAGUAGUGCAAGUGCAGAGAACAACAAGAAAGCAAAGGGGAAACUAUCGACUUCUGUUUUGGCUGGUUUUACGAGAAAGGAAAGUAAGUUCGAAAUGAUGCCGAAUCAAGUUGAUUGGUUAAGACGACGAUGUGAACCUUCCCCUCUGGUACCUCCGGAUCAUCCGGACGCUGCCAGGCUUCCUUGUGCAAGAUGUAGACGAUUUGCUAUUGAUUGUGUCAGAGUGAAAGCGGUGAGGAGAAAAGGACCAGCACCAGUUGCUGUGUCCGACGCUGUGCACGGUUAUAGCCAUGGCUCUGGAUUAACCGAACCGGAUACUGCUAGAAGGUCUUCAGCUUUCUCAGAUUUAGAGAGUACUGAUUUUGAACGAAAAUUGUCAAUAUCGUACGUAAGAGUUUACCCUUUGACCCCAUGCCUACACCGACCUACAUUCGUAACCGACCUGACUGCUCGCCGAGACAAAACCGACCCAAUCUUCUUCGCCUUGGCUUUGACCGUCAUCGCCUCGACGUUGGUACAGGUCCCACGCAAUCUUGUAAAUCUCGACAAGAAAGAGGUCGAAGAUCUAGCUAGGAAAUGCAUCAAGGUGGCUCGUGCCAAAAUGGCGCAUAUGUGGGAUGAACCGAUCCCGAUAACGUGCUCGAUGGCCCAAGCAAAUCAGAUGGCAUUGGCUCUCCGUCUGAACGAGGAAAGUCGAGCUCGAACUAUCUGCCUUCCUCUCGAAGAUGCCCAUAACUUGCUUCUUCCCGCCGAAGUCGACGACGAAAUGAUCACCUGCGAUGGCAUCUUACCUCAACCGCCCGAAACAACGCCCUUGAUCACUGGUUUCAAUGUCAACACAAACCUCUUCAGGAUCCUCAACGACGCCAUCCUCAUACAAAGGAGGAAGUCUCCUCGGCUGAUGGAAGAAAUUCUUGCGGAUCUUCAGAAACUCCAAGUGCUGAGACAUAGGACGAUACAGACCUAUCUCACGGUACCGGAUCCCCUGAAGCUUCGCAAAGCUUAUGAUUCUCGCUCUGCCAGCCCCGCAGUCGGCUGGGAGUCGAAACUGCUAGCUCGAUUCGUUGACUUUUUUAGCAAUACACCCAGUGAUAGAGCCCAUGCUCUGAACAGCUAUCUGGUGAUGCAGGGAAACAUCCUUGUGACACAGCAUGUAUUGCGCUUGGUCCUCCUUCAGACUCGUCAAGCGCUGCUCGCACAGCUGGCGUUGUUCACCCCGAUGUUGCCAAGUCCGAUGGGACCCGAAGAGAGCGCGGAGAACAUUGCUUGCGAGCUUUUGGAUGGAUUGAACAGGCAAAAACUGCUGAUGCAAUUCCUUUCAGUCUUGAGUGUCAUCGAAGGAAUGUACACAUUCGGAAGGGAUAUCUCGGCUGAGUAG